AUGCCUCUAUGCUCUGAUCACUCCCCUGGGCUCAUUACCAUUGGAGAUGAAACAUUUGAUGGUAAAAAACCUUUUAAAUUCUUUAAUAUGUGGGCUAAACACCCUGAUUUCUUAGAAGUGGUAAGAUCUGCUUGGAAUAAGAGUGUUAGAGGUUUUUGCAUGUUCAAAUUCUGCUCUAAACUUAAAAAUCUCAAGCAUGCUCUCAAGGAUCUCAAUAAGAAGAAUUACAUGAAUAUCAGUCAGCAAGUUUCUAGAGCUCAAACUGAACUUUUGGAGAUUCAAUUCAAGCUGAGUACUGACCUCUUCAAUUCAGAGUUGAUUUCUAAAGAGAGGGAAUGCAUCAAAAAAUAUGCUAUUCUGCUGGAUAAUGAAAAUUCCUUUCUUAGACAAAAAGCUAACAUCAAAUGGGGACUCCACUCUGAUAAGGGCUCUCAAUUCUUUCACUCAGUGAUGAAAUCCAAAAGACAUCAGAGUAGAAUCUUGUCAAUAUACAAUGCUGCUGGUUUCAGGCUCACAGAAUUGUCUGAUAUCACCUCAGAGCUUGUUGAAUAUUAUAAGAAGUUGUUGGGGAAUGCUAAGGUCAACACAACCCCUGAUCCUAGUGUGAUCUCCAAUGGCCUUGUUCUUACUCCAGCUCAGAGGGAUGAAUUGAGUUCUCCUCUAGUUCACUGUUAUGGAGGGAGUUUUGAAGGAGGAAAGCUGUAG